AAUCUUAAGCUAAAUAUAAACCCCCCCCUUAUAACCAACCCAAGAAUCAGUAGUUUCAAAACUACCACAGAUGCUGGUUUAAUAUAAACUCCCAUGUGUGUAUACCCACAUAAAUCCUAAUUAACAAAACUCAUCAGAAAACAAAACAUGAAUGAACCCAGGUCUGUGAAUGAAGCUAACACGUGCUGUUUGUUUACUAUGCCGGCGUGCCUAGUAAAGUUGAGGGGAAGCACGUGCUUGUCACGUGGUUCGCUUAAUGUAAACAUUGUGAUAUCUGGGGUUCAUAGAGUGAGUAAUUAACGUGAUUUGGAUCAAGUUAAGGGUUAAUUUUCGUUUGUGUAUAGGUGUUUGGUGAUGAUGGAUUGGGAUUCAAGGAAGGGAAAACCACGUUUUAUACAGUGAAGAAAGUUGAAAAAAUGCAAAACCAGGAAGAAGGAAAACGUAGAUAGUGUAAGAAACGGAAAUAAGAGAACGUUCUUAGUGAAGAAACCAGAAUAAAAGACCAUUCUUAGUGAAGAAACCAGAAUAAAAGACCAUUCUUAGUGAAGAAACCAGAAUAAAAGACCAUUCUUAGUGAAGAAACUAGAAUAAAAGACCAUUCUUAGUGAAGGCAACUGCGUUAUGUGGCAAGAAUGAAAGAGACAAAAAUAACGAUCAAAUAAGGAAGGAAAUGUUGAUAGAAAUGUGAAUGUGAGAAUAAAAGAAGUGAAAACAGAGACAGCAGGAAAAUGAGUACCAGUAGAGAGAAGAAGAGGCAACAGGAGCCAAGUCUCUACAGUGUUGUCUUACGGUAGUGUGGUGGUAGUGUGGUGGUAGUGUGGUGGUGGAGGUAUGGUGUGGUGGGCCAAGAGAGUGAAGCCAUGGCCACCCUCACCUUCAGAAACAUCUUCACCUUCAGAAGGCCAUCCUCACCCAUCUUCUUCAAGACCCAUGCCAGUCAGACGUCGUCAUGGUUACCUCCUCUGGAGAACUGGGAUACGGGAGGCUUAUCCCUCCCCUACGGCUGGGAGGCUGCCACCGAUAAGGAGGGCAAGCAGUAUUUUAUCAAUCACCUGAACAAGACGACCACCUACGAGGAUCCGAGGAAGGAUUACUUGGACGACCCUCCCCAGCCUCGUCAGGUUGACCUCGUUCGAGACCCCGAAAUGGGCUUCGGCUUCGUCGCCGGCUCCGAGAAGCCUGUCAUCGUCAGAUUUAGAGAUCUGUUCUGCGACGUAGUGUACAGUUGCUUGAUGAGCAUUCAACUACAG